UCAGUGAUGUCUUCGCCAAAGACGCCCAAGAAAGAGACCAAAGCCAAGAAACGGGAUAAAGAGAUGGAGUCUCUUAAGAAAGAGGUUGUUAUUAUUGAUGAACACGAAGUGUCUUUGGAUGAGCUCUUCGCCAGAUAUGGUCUGCAGAGCCCAGAGGCCGGACUCACUCAGGCUAAGGCCAAAGAGGUGUUUGCCAGGGAUGGACCCAAUGCUCUUCGGCCACCGCCAAAGACACCGGAAUGGGUGCAGUUCUGCCGACAACUGUCCGGAGGGUUCGCUCUCUUGCUAUGGAUCGGAGCCUUUCUCUGCUUCUUCGCCUAUGCCAUAGAAGUGGUCACAUCUGGUGAACCCAAUCCCGACAAUUUAUUCUUAGGAAUAGUGCUCACAGUUGUGGUCAUAAUUUCGGGCGUCUUUGCCUACUAUCAGGAAUCCAAGUCAUCAGCAAUUAUGGAGUCCUUUAAGAAUUUAGUGCCGCAGACGGCAACAGUGGUGCGCGACGGACAGGUGGUGACCAUAACUGCUGAGGACGUAGUGGUCGGGGAUAUCGUCGAAGUGAAAGGUGGAGACAGAAUACCCGCCGAUAUUCGUGUUAUUAAAGCCCACGGAUGCAAAGUAGACAACUCGUCACUGACGGGUGAAUCUGAGCCCCAGAGCCGCAACACCGCGAAGACGAGUGACAACCCUUUGGAGACCUCCAAUCUGGCCUUCUUCUCGACCAACUGUGUCGAGGGCGCCGCCACUGGGGUUGUGGUCAAUACGGGCGACCGAACUAUUAUGGGUCGUGUCGCUAACCUCACGACCGGUCUAGAGACGGGUCAGACACCCAUUGCCCGGGAAAUCGAGCGCUUUAUUCAAAUCAUAACAGCCAUAGCAGUCUUUCUGGGCGUCACCUUCUUUAUCAUAGCCAUUUCAGUAGGCUAUCACUGGUUGGAAGCCGUCGUCUUCCUAAUAGGCAUUAUUGUGGCCAAUGUUCCCGUAGGACUGUUGGUAACUGUGACCGUAUGUCUCAGAUUAACGGCCAAACGGAUGGCCAUUAAGAACUGUUUGGUGAAGGACUUGGAGGCCAUGGAGACGUUAGGCUCGACGUCCACCAUAUGUAGCGACAAAACGGGAACUCUGACCCAAAACCGGAUGACAGUCGCGCACAUGUGGUUCGACAACCAUAUCAUUGAGGCGGACACUACUGAGGACCAGACCGGUGUCCAGUACGACAAGAGCUCCUCCGGUUGGAAGUCAUUGAGUCGCGCCUGUUGUCUCUGCAGUCGGGCCGAGUUUAAGGCCGGUCAGGACAACAUCCCUAUCCUUAAACGUGAGUGUGCGGGCGAUGCGUCCGAAUCAGCAAUUUUGAAAUGUAUGGAAAUAGCGAUCGGAAACGUGACUCAACUCAGGAAACGAAACCCAAAGGUCUGCGAAAUACCAUUCAAUUCGACGAAAAAAUAUCACGUGACUAUCCACGAGACGGAGGACCCCAACGACCCGAGCUAUUUGUUGUGUAUGAAGGGGGCGCCCGAACGCAUCCUCGACCUCUCGGGCACUAUAUUGAUCAACGGAGAGGAGAAGCCUUUGGAUAAGGAUAUGAAGGAUGCCUUUAACGACGCCUAUCUUAAGUUGGGAGGUCUGGGCGAACGGGUAAUAGGUUUUAGUGACUUCAAACUUGCAACCGAUAAGUAUCCUAAAGGAUUUACCUUCAACUCGGAUGAGCCCAACUUCCCACUCACUAACCUCCGGUUCCUGGGCUUAGUGUCGAUGAUUGAUCCGCCGAGAGCUGCGGUGCCCGACGCUGUGGCCAAAUGCAGGAGCGCCGGCAUUAAAGUAAUUAUGGUUACCGGCGAUCACCCGAUCACUGCUAAGGCUAUAGCCAAAGCCGUCGGCAUUAUAUCAAAAGGCACUGAGACCAUAGAAGACAUCGCUCUGAGAACUAAUACUCCGGUAGAAAAGGUGAACCCGAAGGACGCGAAGGCGGCUGUAAUUAGCGGACAGAAGUUGAAGGAAAUGGACUCAAAACAGUUGGACGAAGUGCUCGGAAAUCACUCGGAGAUUGUGUUCGCCCGGACGUCACCGCAACAGAAGCUCUUUAUAGUGGAGGGCUGUCAACGACAGGGGGCUAUAGUUGCUGUCACUGGGGAUGGAGUUAACGAUUCGCCGGCGCUUAAGAAGGCAGACAUUGGCAUCGCGAUGGGUAUCACCGGAUCUGAUGUCUCGAAACAAGCGGCGGAUAUGAUUCUGUUGGACGACAACUUCGCGUCGAUAGUGACGGGUGUAGAGGAGGGACGGCUGAUCUUCAAUAACCUCAAGAAGUCGAUUGCAUACACAUUGACGUCAAACAUACCGGAAAUCUCGCCCUUCCUCUUCUUCAUAAUAUUCAACAUACCGUUGCCUUUGGGAACGAUUACCAUACUUUGCAUUGAUUUGGGCACCGAUAUGGUGCCCGCCAUCUCCUUGGCCUACGAACAGGCCGAAAGUGAUAUUAUGAAACGACAGCCCAGAGACCCAAAAGUAGACAAAUUAGUUAACGAGAGACUCAUAUCCUUGACGUACGGACAGAUAGGUAUGAUUCAAGCGGCCGCCGGCUUCUACGCCUACUUUGUCAUUAUGGCUGAGUAUGGCUUCAAAUGGGACCUAUUGUUUGGUCUGAGAAAGGACUGGGAUUCCAAAGGUGUCAAUGAUUUAGAGGAUUCAUACGGACAGGAAUGGACAUAUAAAGCCCGAAAACAAGUGGAGUACACGUGUUACAAGGCAUACUUCGUGUCCAUAGUUGUGGUCCAAUGGGCUGACCUCAUCAUCUGUAAGACCCGACGCAACUCCGUAAUACAACAAGGAAUGAGCAGCGUUUUUAUCCUACUGUCCGGGAAUACCUAUACUUCUCAGAUUAUAUCCAUUAAAGUUCUCGUGGUGGUUCAUAGCAUUGCCUUUCUCGCUAUUGAUAUUCAUCUACGACGAGGUCCGGCGGUUCUUAAUUCGUCAGUACCCGGGCGGUUGGGUAGAGCGCGAGACCUACUAUUAACACCGGGUGCUCGGCUUACGUCGAUUAGGGGAAAGGGCACGCUAUUGAUAUUCAUCUACGACGAGGUCCGGCGGUUCUUAAUUCGUCAGUACCCGGGCGGUUGGGUAGAGCGCGAGACCUACUAUUAA